AUGGCUGGCUGGCUGGCGUUGGUGAGUUUCCCGAUGGGAAAAAGAUCGACACUUGGGGUUGCAACAACACUGCAGGAGAUGCAGACGCUGACAGGCUCAGCUCAUCCUUACCCCAUGGGAAACCCCGACGAGGCGCAUGCGAAAGUUGGAGAUGACAGCGGUCUGAUCAAGAUGAUGAUGAUGAUCAUCAUCAUCAUCAGAGAUGAACAAGUCGGUGAUGAUUUUGGUGCCGUGAGCGUGUCGGAAAACGCUCCGGGGAUGUCCGACUCACCCGUUGCACCGCCAAGAAGUGUUUAG